CGCGCGUCGCUCGCAGACACGCUGGUGAUCAAACAACCCGACGGAGGACUCAGGGCGAGUCCGUUCUACGUGCGAUUCGGUAACGCGCAGUCGUUCCUGCGAGGACGCGAAGCCAAGGUGGUGACGGUGACGGUGAACGGGACGCUGAGCGAGCUGACGAUGCGGCUCGGAUCCAACGGCGAGGCGUACUUCGCGGACGGUGUGGACGAUUUCGACGACGACGAGGACGAAGAUGAGGAAAGCGAUAUAGAGUUAGGAACCGGGGAUGAAGACGAGGUCGGGGCGGUCGAGGCGCUGUCGGCGCUUCGAUUAGAGACGCCGCCGAAGACGACGAGGCCGAGUACGUCGGGUUCGAGCGGGGACGUAGAAGACGGGAAACGUACGAUGUCCGAAGAGGAAGUGGCGACGGCGGUGGAUGC